GAAGAGGAAGAAGAAGAAGAAGAGAUUGGGUCUCUCUCUAACAUUUCCGACAGUGACAGACAAAUUGCUGCGACUCCGUUCUUUCUCUCUCUCUCUCUAUAACUCUCUCCCUGUCAAGUUUUCUCGCAGAGUUGACAGCUACACGUUUUGUUCUUCUCCUCCUCCUCCUCCUUCUUCGGGAGAUUCUCCUUUCAACGUUGCCGCGGAUUCUUCCCUUUCCCGUUCCCGCUUCUUCCAUUUCUUGCCUCUCGAUAGCCCAUUCACAAUCAUAGCUCAUCGCCGUGCUCGUCCCUCCCCUUUUCGCAUUCUUUCCCCAGCCGGGUAUGCUCCGAUUGGGCUCUUAAACCUUCGGAUGGAAUCAAAAUCGGAGCUUUGAUAUUCGGGGUGGCGUAUUUUGGGGUAUAUUGUUGUAAUUGGUAUUCUUUUCGUGAUGCUUUUCGGGGGGGUGUGCUUUAAGGAAUGAGCGGAAUAAGCGAUUGCGUGCCGGCCUUUGGAAGUCAUAGAUUCAUUUUCGGCGUUUGGUGUCGAUGUUCUCGGCAGAUCUGUUCCUUUAAGCUGAUUUCUUUGUGGUUUAUCCAUUCAUUUUUUAUGUGGUUCUGAAACGGCGGGAAGGAAGGAUCGGAGAUUCUUAUAUCCUUUUAGGGCCACCCUUUUUUUCGUUUUGUCCCUUCCCAAAAGAUCCUUCCUUGCAUAGUGAGUCAGAGCUUUGCUAAAGCUAAAUCGAAUCGAAGGUGAAUUGGGGCGAAAAGUUAGCAUUUUUCGAUUGGAUCUCUCGUGCGAAAUUGAGGAAUCGAGAAGGGUCAUUGAGCAGUGGGGAGAUUGCCGAAUUCGAGGAGGUUAGGUGAAUCUUGUAAGCAGUUUGUGACGGAUCCGACUUCGGAGAACAGGGGCUGUAGGUGGACAGCAGUUGGACUGGAGUGCUUUAUCGAAAUUGUUAGAGCCCUAAGGAUGGGGUCCUGCUUCUCUUUGGAGGGCAGGACCCCUAUCCCGAGCUCACCAACUUCACCAACCGGUGGCAUCCAGAAGUGGAAGCCCUCCUACAAGAAGAAGCUCGACCUCACUUACUGGAGGGAAGAGCCUCUGCAUAAGAUCCCGGGCAGGUUGUAUAUGAAUGGCUCAAACGAGUUUGCCUCCUUGUUCACUAUGCAGGGAAAGAAAGGAACCAAUCAAGAUGCGAUGAUUGUUUGGGAGAAUUUCAGCUCGAGGAAAGACACUGUCUUCUGUGGUGUGUUUGAUGGACACGGUCCUAAUGGCCAUUUGGUUGCAAAAAGAGUGAGGGAUUCUCUUCCUGUGAAAUUGAGUUCUCACUGGAAAGUCAAUGUAAAUGGUGAAGAUGUUCUCAGAGAGAUAAGCACUAAGAGCACUGUCAGCCAGAGCUGCGAUGGUACCCCACUUCUCUCUGUUUCUGAAGAAUCGAGGACUUCUGUUGAGCUUGAGGACAAUGAGAAGCACCCUGAGAUCUUCCAGUCACUCAAGGAGUCGUUCUUGAAGGCUUUUAGGGUCAUGGACAGGGAGCUCAGGAUGCACCCAAAUAUUGAUUGCUACUGUAGCGGGACAACAGCGGUUACACUUGUCAAGCAGGGUAAGCAUGUUGUGCUCGGCAAUAUUGGAGACUCCAGGGCUGUACUGGGCACACGUGAUGAAGAUGGUUCUCUUGUUGCAGUUCAGUUGACUGUUGACCUCAAACCAAACAUUCCAGCUGAGGCAGAGAGAAUUCGCAAAUAUAAGGGGCGGGUUUUUGCUCUACAAGGCGAACCUGAAGUUGCCCGGGUUUGGUUACCGAACGCACUCUCUCCGGGCCUUGCCAUGGCUCGGGCCUUUGGAGAUUUCUGUCUCAAGGAUUUUGGUCUCAUCUCGGUGCCCGAAGUUUCCUACCGAUGCAUCGGCAAGAAGGAUGAAUUCAUUGUCUUGGCCACAGAUGGGAUCUGGGAUGUGCUUUCAAACAAGGAAGUCGUGGACAUCAUAGCAUCGGCACCAGCGCGUUCCUCAGCAGCGCGAUCGCUGGUCGAGAACGCGGUUCGUGCUUGGAGAUACAAGUAUCCGACUUCCAAAGUCGAUGACUGUGCCGUGGUUUGCCUCUUCCUCGACUCGGAUAGCCUCUCUACUGCUUCAAAUUCGAAGCCCAACGAGCAGCAGCCCUCUUCUAUGGACCAAGCCAAGACCACCACGGAAGGGAGCAAGGAUGAUGCCUCAGAGUCUGAGAAUGUGGACACCGAGGGUGAUUGGUCCGCCCUCGAAGGCGUAUCUCGUUUGAAUACUCUUCUGAACCUGCCGAGUUAUGUCCCCGGGAAGGAUGAGAAACAGGCUUCUUGAGGUACAACGGGGGUGGCCCUGCUUGAUCGAGGAAAGAGGUGCUGCAUCCCGUCUUUUCGAUUUUUUUUUUCCUUCUUUUCCAAGAUGUUCAUUAUAUAAUUUUUUUGGGGAAGGUUUCUUUUGGCAAAGAAGGGUGGGAAAGGGAAAGGGAAUUUUGUGGCCAUCAUCAAUGGUUAAUAUCUUCGUGGAGAGGUGGGACCCGGCUGUAUUAGGAUGCCUGGGAAAUUGACCAUUCUCUCUGUCUCUCUCUGGUGUUGGGGCUGUGGUUAGGAUUGGCUUUCUUCUUCUCCUCUGUAGAAUCUUACCAUAUUUUGGUUGUCCCAAUUACGGUUGAUUUGUAAUUUGUAAAACACAUUAAUAUUCUUGAGCUUCGAUGAUGAAUGAUUAAUAAUAACUUUCAAUGUGGCUGCCUUCUUUCACA